GCGACAACUUACAGGCGUGGCUAUCUCACGACGCAGUUCUGUCAAUUUGCACAUGCGCAGUCGUGUCCCAUCGAACAGCCUUUCCUAUGCUACACGUUGAACAGCAAGCAUACAAACGAGCAUAAACAUGCAGCUCUUCCUGCGUGCCCAGAACACUCACACCCUUGAGGUGACAGGACAGGAGACCGUAGGCCAGAUUAAGGCUCAUGUCCAGACUCUGGAGGGUCUUCUGGUGGAGGAUCAGGUAGUGCUACUUGCAGGUUGCCCGCUAGAAGACGAUGCUUCCCUGGCAUCAUGCGGCGUUUCCGAGCACUGCACCUUGGAGGUAGCCGCCAGGCUUCUGGGAGGUAAGGUCCACGGCUCUCUGGCCCGGGCUGGAAAAGUGAGGGGCCAGACUCCCAAGGUGGACAAGCAAGAGAAAAAGAAAAAAAAGACUGGCCGUGCCAAGCGUCGCAUACAGUAUAAUCGUCGGUUUGUCAACGUGGUGCCGACCUUCGGGAAGAAGAAGGGACCUAACGCCAACUCCUAAGGGACUCUUUAAUACUGUUUUGUCAAGAGUUCAAAUGUGAAUAAAAUGUUUAACUCUG